GUGCCGGUGAUCUGGAGCCGAGGACAGCAGCGGCUCUGGCCUACGGGGACCUGCCGGGGCCGCUGCCAUGGGGGAAUGACGCGCCUACGCUGGCUGUUGCGCGGCAGCGGCGAGACAUGAGGAGACCCCGCAGUGGGGACAGCGGCGGCGGCUCCUGAGCCCCGGGAUGGAGGAGAAAUACGGCGGGGACGUGCUAGCCGGCCCCGGCGGCAGCGGCCUCGGGCCGGUGGACGUGCCCAAUGCCCGGUUAACAAAAUAUAUUGUGUUGCUAUGUUUCACCAAGUUUUUUAAGGCAAUGGGACUUUUUGAAUCAUACGAUCUCCUAAAAGCAGUUCACAUUGUUCAGUUCAUUUUUAUCUUAAAGCUUGGGGCUGCAUUUUUUAUGAUUUUAUUUCAAAAGCCAUUCUCUUCUGGCAAAACUAUUACUAAACACCAGUGGAUCAGAAUAUUUAAACAUGCUCUUGCUGGGUGCAUUAUCUCACUCUUGUGGUUUUUUGGCCUUACUCUUUGUGGACCACUAAGGACAUUGCUGCUAUUUGAGCACAGUGAUAUUGUUGUGAUUUCACUGCUCAGUGUUUUGUUCACUAGUUCUGGAGGAGGACCAGCAAAGACAAGAGGGGCUGCUUUUUUCAUUAUUGGUGUUAUCUGCUUAUUGCUUUUCGACAAUGAUGAUCUCAUGGCCAAAAUGGCUGAACACCCUGAAGGCCAUCACGACAGUGCUUUCACCCACAUGCUUUACACAGCCAUUGCCUUCCUCGGGGUGGCAGAUCACAAGGGUGGAGUACUAUUGUUAGUACUGGCUUUGUGUUGUAAAGUUGGUUUUCACACAGCUUCCAGAAAGCUCUCAAUUGAUGUUGGUGGAGCCAAACGUCUUCAGGCUUUAUCUCAUCUUGUUUCUGUGUUGCUUUUGUGUCCAUGGGUUAUUGUGCUUUCUCUGACCACUGAGAGUAAAGUUGAAUCUUGGUUUUCUCUCAUUAUGCCUUUUGUAACGGUUAUCUUUUUUGUUAUGAUCCUGGACUUCUAUGUGGAUUCCAUUUGUUUAGUCAAAAUGGACAUUUCCAAAUGUGCUCGCUAUGGAUCAUUUCCCAUUUUCAUUAGUGCUCUCCUUUUUGGAAAUUUUUGGACACAUCCCAUAACAGACCAGCUUAGAGCUAUGAACAGAGCCACUCAUCAAGAAAGCACUGAACAUGUCCUGUCUGGAGGAGUGGUAGUGAGUGCGGUAUUUUUCAUUUUGUCUGCUAAAAUCUUGUCAUCUCCUUCUAAGAAAGGACAGAAAGGUACCCUUAUUGGCUAUUCUCCUGAAGGAACACCUCUGUACAACUUCAUGGGUGAUGCAUUUCAGCAUAGUUCUCAGUCCAUCCCCCGGUUUAUUAAGGAAUCACUUAAACAAAUUCUAGAGGAGAGUGAUUCUAGGCAAAUCUUUUACUUCUUAUGCUUGAAUCUGCUUUUUACCUUUGUGGAAUUAUUCUAUGGCGUGCUGACCAAUAGUCUGGGUCUGAUCUCUGAUGGAUUUCACAUGCUCUUUGACUGCUCGGCUUUGGUCAUGGGACUUUUUGCUGCCCUGAUGAGUCGAUGGAAAGCAACUCGGAUUUUCUCCUAUGGGUAUGGCCGAAUAGAAAUUCUCUCUGGAUUUAUUAAUGGACUUUUUCUAAUGGUAAUAGCCUUUUUUGUGUUCAUGGAGUCAGUGGCUAGAUUGAUUGACCCUCCAGAAUUAGAUACACACAUGUUAACGCCAGUCUCAGUUGGAGGACUGAUAGUAAACCUUAUUGGUAUCUGUGCCUUUAGCCAUGCCCAUAACCAUAGCCACGGAGCUUCUCAUGGAAGCUGUCACUCAUCUGAUCACAGCCAUUCACACCAUGCACAUGGGCACAGUGACCAUGGGCAUGGGCAUGGGCACAGCCACGGAUCUUCAGGCAGAAGCAUGAAUGCCAACAUGAGAGGUGUAUUUCUACAUGUUUUGGCAGACACACUUGGCAGUAUUGGUGUGAUCAUAUCCACAAUUCUUAUAGAGCAGUUUGGAUGGUUCAUUGCUGAUCCCCUCUGUUCUCUUUUUAUUGCUAUAUUAAUAUUUCUCAGUGUUAUCCCACUGAUUAAAGAUGCCUGUCAAGUCUUACUCCUGAGACUGCCACCAGAAUAUGAAAAAGAGCUCCAUAUUGCUUUAGAAAAGAUACAGAAAAUUGAAGGCUUAAUAUCAUACCGAGACCCUCAUUUUUGGCGUCAUUCUGCCAGUAUUAUAGCAGGAACAGUUCAUAUACAGGUAACAUCUGAUGUGCUGGAACAAAGAAUAGUGCAGCAGGUUACAGGAAUACUAAAAGAUGCUGGAGUAAAUAAUUUAACAGUUCAAGUGGAAAAAGAGGCAUACUUUCAGCAUAUGUCUGGUCUAAGUACUGGAUUUCAUGAUGUUCUGGCAAUGACAAAACAAAUGGAGACUAUGAAUUGCUACAAAGAUGAUACUUACAUCAUGUGAGAGAACUCAAGAAUUACUGUUUAGAUGUGAACAGUGAAGAGUAAAUGACAGUAUUUUAAUAAUAUUGCACAUAAUUGUACAGAAUCA